CGCAAGAACAAGUGAGGAAAAUUUGCAGACUUGACCUCUUGGGGCACUGCCCCCCCAGCCAUGAUCGGAGGGGGGUCCCGCCCACAUGGCCAUUGAAAGUGGGAGAAUUCCAGGACCAAAUCCACUCCAUGGGCACCUACACCCGCUCCUGGAGCCAGGCAGGACGGGUACCAAGCACCAAUGGACGAUGCGGAGCUUGAGAUCUGCGCUGUUUGCAGUUUAGCCUCGAAAGCUGAUUGCAUUCGCGCGAGCCGGAAACUCAUAAUCCCAGCGUGAAGGUUCAGUGCAGGCCAUAAUAAUUACAACGUGGGAUCUUGUCAUUGAACAGUCAAAAGCGGAUAAGUUAAGCCCCUAAAGGUACGGUAGUCACAGCCGAAGGAAUUCCAAACCAAAGAAUCCCUAUUAUAAUUGAGGGGCUGGUGAUCCCAUCGAUAUACUUACAUUUCUAGUCAAAUUUCAAGAGACUGAAAGCAGCCUGCCAAGGCUGGCGAGGCAACUCCGUGUACCGUUCGUUAAUCAUGAAGGUACCAGAAAGCGCACACGGUGCACUAUUG